AUGGCUAUCCAGCUCGCCGGAGUGGUUGCGAACCACAACACGCUGCUCUAUGUUGUUCCAAUUCUAUUCGUGAUAGGAGUGAACUACCCCGGCCCUCUGAUAUCAAGGGCCUCAACCCUAUGGUACUCUCGGGCGCUGGGUAGAGGCACCAUAGCACAAGAUCUUCUUGCUCUUCAUGAAAAGUACGGCGAUACUGUCCGGAUCACACCCGAUGAAAUUUCCUUCAUCGACCCCCAGAACUGGAAGCAGAUCUACGGUUACCGUACCAGCCCAGCUGGGAAAGUUGAGAUGAUCAAAGAUCCACGCUACCACGAUACGGUCAAACCAACUGUCACCAUCUUGACGGGAAACGAUGCCGAGCACACAUACUUUCGAAAAAUUCUUUCGCCGCCGUUCUCUGAGAUCUCUCUGAAGAAAAACGAGUGGAUUCUGCACCGCUUUGUUGAUAAAUUUAUUGCUCGCGUCAAGGACGCAGGCGAUAACGGUAAGAAGCCGGUGGACAUUGUUGACUGGUUUAACUAUCUUACCUUUGACAUCAUUGGUUAUCUCGCAUACGGAGAAGACUUUAAUUGCCUGGGAGAAUCCAAGCUGCACGAGUGGAUUGAUUGUAGUCUGGCGAUUGCCGGCCUGAUGACCCUUGGCCAGUCCGCCCGCCAGCUCCCCUACCCUUUUGACAAACUGUACAAGUGGAUGUUCAUUCCUGACUCAAUAUACCGCCGUACCAAGACUCACAGAGACCUUGUUGAUCAAAAAGUCCACACCCGCCUCGGUCAUAAUCCAGAGCAUAUGGACUUUCUCCAGAAAUUAGUCGAGCUGCGAAAAGAUGAGAAGAUGGAAUUCGGCACACUGUCGGAACACGCCUCGCUGCUAACUAUUGGCGGCAGCGAGACGACGGCUACGCUUUUGUCCGGUGCCAUUUACUUCCUAGCCCUGAAUCCAGAGGUAUACGCCAAACUGAAACGGGAGAUACGCACGACAUUCGCCAAGGAGGAGGAUAUGACUCUGCUUCGACUGUCGCAGUGCGCGUACCUCCUCGGCGUCGUAGAGGAGACGCUCCGUAUGUACCCACCGUCUCCAGCGAACCACACGCGGAUGGUGCCUGAGGGCGGGGCUGUGCUCGAGGGUAAGCACAUCCCAGGCGGGCUCUGCGUGAGCAUGCCCAUGUUCGCGUCGUUCAACGCCAGCAGCAACUGGGUGGAGCCGCGGGUGUUCGCGCCGGAGCGUUGGACGGGCGAAAACCCGGACAAAUACGCGCGCGACCGCAAGGAGGCGCUGAAGCCGUUCUCGUAUGGCCCGCGGAACUGUCUCGGGCAGCAGCUCGCCAACCACGAGGUGCGCUUGAUCUUGGGUAAGGUGGCGUGGCACUUUGACCUCGAGCUCAUGGAGGCAUCGCGGGGCUGGGAGAAGCAGAUCAGCUACACUUUCUGGGAGAAGCACCGGCUAUGGGUCAAGAUGAAGUCUGUGACGUAG